AGUCCCAGAGAGCGGCCGCGUGCAGCACCCGCCGCCUUCUGACGCGCCAGUGUCUCCCUUCUUCACAAGCCGCCAGUAGCUCUCCUAGUGACUGUCAGAGUGUUCAUCAGUCACACCCUGUUGCCAACUGUCGCGGUCGUAACCAUGUCGCCGCCCGCCCAUUUCCAGGUUCCCACGGACAGCUCAGGCGACAAACCGUGUGCAGAGAGAUGAUUUCGCGGCAGUAGUGGUGGAAGGAGGCUGCUAAUUGUCGCUGCCUCGAGGAUGGUCAGUGGGAGGAAUGGGGCGCGAGUGAACUUGCCUCGGGGAGGACCACACACCCGGGCGGCUGCCGCCCUCGCUGGCUGAGGCGCAGUGCUCCUGGAGGCGGUGGCUCUUCCGAUGUUCAGUGAAAGACGAGACCUUAGGGAAUUCCGUCACACCCGCUGCAGCUCGGCGAGGGGCAGGACCACGCCGCCCGUGACAAUGCAAAGCUGGUGGAGGCCGCCAGCGACCUAGCUUGUGCUCAGACGACCGCUCGAGUGUUAUGUGUGACUUAGGCAACACCAGCAGCCUGAGAGCAAAUACUUCCCGAGUAAAUGACACAGUUAUGACGAUCGCGUCCCUCAGCGUGGUAAGUGUGUGCAUGGAGGGCCGGGGGGCUUCCUCGGCCGGGUGUGGAUAAGCCCAAGCCUCCACCCAUCACUCCACGACGCUGUAGGAAUAUAGAGAAGUAUCCCCGAAGAGCACCAUAAUCUGCUGUGUGAGGCGUGGCGGAGGGUGAGUGAGGGAGCGAGGGGGCCGGGAGGAGCCUCCUUGAGUUCAGGCACAGACGCCUUCGCUUCCCACUUUCGCCAGCCAGUGGGCAAGAGGCGAGCCACGCUGGGAAUGUGGCGGGGUUGGAGGCCGCGGCGGGAAGAAACUGACUGUGUCAUCAAAAUGUGAAAAUACAUUACCGAAAGCAUUCCUUGAAACCGAUAACUUUAAUGAAACUAUUUUUCAAUAAGCAAACUUUCCUUUCAACUUUCUCAAUUCAGUGGCGUCUGGAAAUACAACUGACUAAACUAUUAAAAUUCACUGGAUACGGAAUCACAUACGAAAUUUACUUUAAGUUUCUAUUUCUGGAGAUAACUCAGGUCAGUGCACCAAUAUGUAGGUCUGUCUUUCCCUCUCCCGCUAUGCUUCUCAAGUGAGUCAUUUCCCCCAAAGACAUCGCUUCUUCCUCCGCCUCAAUACACAAAUCAACAACCUUUUCUUGAAGCGUUCAGCGAUCCCGCCACCAUCACUCAACACUGCUCGCUUCUAUGGCGGAGGGAACACUGCUAAACAUGGAUAACGUGGUCAACCUGACAGUGGAGGGGGAGGGAUUCAGGGAGUACAUGGAGACUUACGAGGGAGGAUUGGAUGGCUUUGAUGGUAAUGGGAGUUUUGCUAUGCUUAACUCGAGCGUCAAUGGUACGUACUGGGUGUACCCGUGGGGCACGUCCCUCUACCCGUCAGGCUACAGUACCUUCGAGAUCGUGAUCAUCACAGUCAUCAUUACGGUGGCCAUGAUCGUGGUGGUGGUGGGCAACAUGUUGGUUAUCAUCGCCAUCGCCACAGAGAAGGCGCUCAAGAACAUCACCAACUGGUUCAUUGCCUCCCUGGCGGUGUCUGACUUCCUGCUGGGCUUGGUCAUCAUGCCCUUCAGCCUGGCCAACCUCCUCAUGGGCUACUGGAUGUUCGGUGACCUGUGGUGUGAGCUGCACGCCGCCAUCGAUGUGCUGCUCUCCACAGCCUCCAUCAACAACAUCUGCCUCAUCUCCCUCGACCGAUACUGGAGCAUCACUCAUGCCGUCGACUACCUAAAGAAGCGGACGCCCGAGCGAGCGGCUAUCAUGAUCGUGGCCGUGUGGGUCUUUUCUGGCCUGGUGUCUAUCCCGCCUCUCCUCGGCUGGAAGGAGGUGCGGGCGCCCGAGCAGUUCCCCAAAUGCACGGUGUCUGAUGACCUGGGCUACGUGAUCUACUCGGCGCUGGGCAGCUUCUACAUCCCCAGCUGCAUCAUGAUCUUCGUCUACAUCCGUAUUUACUAUGCCGCCAAGGCCCGGGCCCGACGGGGCGUCCCCAAGAAAAAGCCUGUCCCAGGGGCACCAACCCGGCCGCCAGCGGUAAAGUCUCCCAAAAACAAGACAGGCUGCAAGACUGACAGGCACAACGCCACCGCCACCACCACCACCAGCUUCUCUAAGCCCAUGGCCCCCUCCCCCGUCCCAGCCGCCGACGAUUCCAGGAACGGGGCCAACGAGCGAUCGGGGCUGCUCAACAAGAAGGUGCUCAUCUGUGACGUGCGCGUGCACGAGGAGGUGUCGCCCUCCAGGUGCGUCACGCCCACCGACGACCUGACGGAGGACAUCCCGCUGCGGACGGUGAGCGAGCAGGUUGACGCCGACCACCGCAACCACAACACCAAGAACGAAAACGGCCUCUAUCUGGGGCCUCUCGGGCCCGACAACCCUGACCUGACCAUCGGCCUACCCACGCCCUCGGUGCCCCCCACGCCCAUCCGAGAACCCAACAACAGCAACGCGGGCGGCGUGACCCUCGCGUCCCCCGCGGGCUCCUUGCGGCACGGGGUGUCAACGGCCUGCAUGGACGGCGACCAGCUGAGCGAUAUCGACCCGUCAUCGUCAGACUCCGGCGUGGUGACGCGGUGCUCGGUGGUGAAGCCCCUCAAGCUGAGGUUCUGCCACCCGCUGCUGGGCAAGAAGCUGACCAAGCCCAAGCGGGAGCUGAUCGACAUGGGGCGAGUGUCCACACCAAAGGCACGUGACCCAGAGAAGGAGAAGCGGCGUCUGGCGCGCAAGAAGGAGAAGCGAGCCACGCUGAUCUUGGGCCUCAUCAUGGGGUCCUUCAUCGCCUGCUGGUUCCCGUUCUUCUUCAUGUACAUCCUGGGGCCGCUGUGUCCUCUCUGCUACAUUCCAGGGUACGCCUUUGACCUCGCCUUCUGGCUGGGCUACAUGAACUCUGCCUUUAAUCCUGUCAUCUACACCAUCUUCAACAAGGACUUCAGGCGAGCCUUCAGAAAGAUCCUCUUCAAAUAAGUAGUGUUCUGGCGUCCGUGCAGGCAAACGGCUCUCAAAUUUUGCUCAUCUAUGCCGAGUGACGCUGCCUCGACCCGCUGCACACGAUUCAGAACUACGGGUUACGAGCAGCAAGCGAAGGAGGCAACUCUGACCUCUCAACAUGAUUUGUACAAGAUUUUUUUUAGAGUGCUAUUUAUAUUUUAAGUUCCACCGUUCAUGACAUGACGUAAAAGAAAUUUUGACGCCAUGAAUAAAAUGGAAAGCGGACCAAUGGCUGACCCCAUGGGAUCAAUUACUGUGCUUUUAGAGACGUGGCGGGGCGGGGCGGGGCAGGGCGCAGUGGGAGGGAAGGCCCCGAGCCCCAACCUGAGCGCCGGAGCGACCCUGAGUUGCCGGCGGGGCCACCUUGGGUUGUACACAAUACGCUUCAACACACACCUGAGAUAAUUAUCAUUAUUAUAUUGUUUUCAUGAGAGAUGCAAACUACCAUGUUAAGGUUUCUUCCUGUUGAAUAUGCACCGUGACCGCCAGUUUUACUUGGCGUGCAUACAAAGUAGCGGUACCUGUGUGCAGGUGUAUGUGACCUGUAACACAGCAUUGGUCUGUCAACUCACAUAUAGAUGCACACACGUAUAGUCAUUGAUAUGUACAUGUAAAUGUUGUAGUUGUACUAUUUUCUUGUUGAUGCCUAAUGACUGGCGAGGGCGGAGUCCCGCCGUGUCUCGCACGCGGCCGUGCCCUGCGGCCCGUGCAUGGCGGCAGGGUGUCCCAGCAACGAAGGUGGUGCAGAGUGGUGGUGGUGGGGCGGUGCAGGCUGCCGCAGGUCACAAGCAUCACUGACAACGACGAGAGGCGCAGGUCAGUAGCGAGCGUGACCACCAGCUGAAGAAAAGACGUUCGUGCGGUGAAGGUGACGAGAGGGAGAGAGAAGUCCAGGCCGCCCGCCACCCAUCAGCGUCAUCACUUCAGGAGUUAUCAUCGAAGUAGUUCACUCGCUGCAGUAUUCAGGUCAGAGGCGAGCUGAGUCUCUCUGACCUUAGUUUUGUGCCGCCGCAGCCCGGCCAGGAGGGUGUCCCGGGCAGGGCUGCAGGCUGCGCAGCCCCGCCCUCCCCAUGCUUCCCCUGACAUGAGGUGUGGGAAGGGUCGGCUGUUGUGUAGAGUCUGUGUGUAGCCAGCGACGUAGUCAAGUAUGGACGUUUUUUUUUUUUUUUUUAAAUAAUAUUUUAUAUCCACCAGUAACGCGCCGAAAUGCUGCACAGAUUAAUAGUCUUUCUACUUUAUUCUGAAAUCAAAUUCAAAGCUGAGAUAAUCACGCUCAGCACGCGGCAGCCAAGGCAUUAAGCCCCUUAUCAAACAUUCAUUAUUUCUAAAUGAUGAAUGAACUCUCCAUUUCCUUUCCCAUGUCAAUAAGGUGCAGCAUUUCGCCACGCUGGGACUUUGUCACCAGGAAGAGGAAAUAAAAUAAAUACACGCGCGCAGCAGUGCAGUGAGAGGCGAGGGAGUGUGAGCAGCGACGGGUGACGAGCCAUUUUGUAUCUUGCAUGAGUCUUUAUUCAGUGGCGCGUGUAAAUAGAGGCGAGGAGGGAAAGGUUUGGCCAGCGGUCCACAGGGAGGCGAGGGCAGGUGGUCAAGGUAGGACACUCGAAAGGGUUGCCUGUUUGGCCUUUUUGUACUUUUCAUUGCGUCAGGCGUUUCCUUUCCGAGUUUCGACAGAAGUAGUUACUAUCGCCAUCACAGCCCCAGUCAUCUUUUUUUACUGUUGUCAUCCUCAUCCCGUCACCCCUCGCCCUUCACCCUCAUCUUUGGUACAGUGAUCACCCGCACCACCAUCACUCCACGCAUCAUCAUCACCAUCAGCCACCAUCACCAUAAGACAAGCUAUUGUUUACGACCACUUGCCCUCAGCGGAACAGACGCACACGUGUAGGCAAGUCCUGCGUACACGUUAGAGGCGUCGAGUGCACGGAGAGUAAGAAAUGAAAAAGAGAAACGCUGCAGAGGAUUUUUACGAUAACUUAACCUAAGAGUUAUGUUUUUAUCAAGGUGGUGAGGGAAGGAACUGGCCGGAGGAAGGCCCCUUCUUCUCACCUGGCCACCGCAAACACCUGUGAUGGUUAGUUAUUAGUAAAUCACCGAGGAGGAGGAGGAGGGGAGGGCUACCCAUUGUCUCUGUUCCUCUUCACAAAGCAACACUCACUGUACACAAACCAACACACACACACACACACUUUUCUAACAAUAGUCGUCGUUCCUGAUGUAGAGGAAAUCGGCCAACACAAAGACACCUACACUUAAGCAUACACAUAUACUCGCAAAGGGUGAUGAGGGACACAGGCACAUCCCUCUCCUCUUUCCUUUAGGUCUUAGGCUGUAUCUGUUACCCUGAGCCCGACCAGAUACAGCCCGACGCCUCUCCAUUCCUUCAUUUCAUCUCUCCUUCCUCCAUCCAUCCAUCUUUCUCUCUCUUUCUCUUUUUCUCGCUUUCAUUCCUUCAUCAUUUUUCUUUACAUUUUUUGUUUCUUCAUAUUCUUCUCCA